CUCCAGGAAGAGGCGGAGUCGAGUUGAGGGAGUGCAACGCUUAAUUCAGGAAUGGGUUUUAGAGUUUCUGAGCGCUGAAGAAAUAGGGGACCUUCCUCCCGCGGGCCCAAGAAGUCUACGCUGUGGGGCCCCGCCAGACACCGGACCUACCGCUGAAUAAAUCCAGUCCAGGGUGCGGCGACUCACUGGCUUCAUGGGGUCGCAGCAGCCGCCGGGGUCUCCGCUGUCUCGCGAGGAGGGUGAAGCGCCCCCGCCUGCUCCCGCUCCGGAGGGUAGGCGGAGAAGUCGCCGGGUACGCCUUCGCGGAUCCUGCCGUCACCGACCUAGCUUCUUGGGCCGUCGGGAGCUUGCCUCGAGCGCCCCAGCCGGGCCUGCGCCGGCAUCUUCCGAGAUAAUGGCAUCAGCUGCUAAAGAAUUUAAAAUGGACAACUUUUCACCUAAAGCUGGCACUAGCAAAUUGCAACAGACAGUACCAGCUGAUGCAUCUCCUGAUUCUAAGUGUCCUAUAUGCUUGGAUAGAUUUGAUAAUGUGUCUUACUUAGAUCGCUGUUUGCACAAGUUCUGUUUUCGCUGUGUACAGGAGUGGUCAAAAAACAAAGCUGAAUGUCCACUUUGUAAACAGCCCUUUGAUUCUAUUUUUCAUUCUGUGAGGGCAGAAGAUGACUUCAAGGAGUAUGUCCUAAGGCCUUCAUAUAAUGGUUCUUUCGCCACCCCUGAAGUUCGACGAUUUCGCUACCGUACAACAAUGACAAGGGAAAGAAAUGCUUCUGUUUAUUCACCUAGUAGUGCCAUGAAUAGAAGAACAACAACUCCACCAGAUAGCGGAGUGCUGUUUGAAGGGUUAGGCAUUUCAACAAGACCUAGAGAUGUUGAAAUUCCUCAAUUUAUGAGACAGAUUACAAUAAGGAGGCCCGAUGAAAGAUCUUUGCGGAAAAUUCAGGAACAAGAUAUUAUUAAUUUUAGACGAACUCUCUAUCGUGCUGGUGCUCGAGUUAGAAAUAUAGAAGAUGGUGGCCGCUAUCGGGAUAUUUCAGCUGAAUUUUUCCGUAGAAAUCCAGCUUGUCUUCACAGGUUAGUCCCUUGGUUAAAACGUGAACUUACAGUUCUUUUUGGAGCGCAUGGAUCUUUAGUGAAUAUUGUCCAGCACAUCAUCAUGAGUAAUGUUACUCGCUAUGACUUAGAGAGUCAGGCAUUUGUGUCUGAUUUAAGACCAUUUUUACUUAAUCGAACUGAGCAUUUUAUACAUGAAUUUAUCAGUUUUGCUCGAUCUCCUUUUAACAUGGCAGCUUUUGACCAACAUGCUAAUUAUGACUGUCCUGCUCCAUCAUAUGAAGAAGGUAGCCAUUCUGAUUCUUCAGUCAUAACAAUAUCUCCAGAUGAGACUGAGACCCAAGAGCUGGAUAUUAAUGUAGCCACUGUUAGUCAGGCACCUUGGGAUGAUGAAACUCCAGGACCAUCUUACUCAAGCUCAGAGCAGGUACAUGUUUCCAUGUCUUCCCUUUUAAAUACUUCUGACAGUUCAGAUGAAGAACUUGUCACAGGAGGAGCCACUUCUCAGAUACAAGGAGUACAAACCAAUGAAGACCUAAAUAAUGACAGUGAUUCCUCUUCAGAUAAUUGUGUCAUUGUUGGGUUUGUUAAACCGCUAGCAGAGAGGACCCCAGAACUUGUUGAACUGUCUUCUGAUUCCGAGGAGUUAGGCUCUUAUGAGAAAAUAGAAACGGUGAAGACACAAGAACAAGAGCACUCUUACAGUACAGGUGAUAGUGAUAUUAGUAGAUGUUCAUCUCCACACUCUCUUCUUGAAAAAGAUGAGCAAAUGAAUAAAGGUCGUUGUGAUUCUGGUACAAGAAUCAAAUCAAGGAAGGACGAGAAACAAUCUACAUCAUUGUCAUCUCCUAGAGACCUGAGCUCAUCUGUGAGAGGAGACAGAGUAUACUCCCCAUAUAACCAUAGACACAGAAAGAGGGGAAGAUCCAGAAGUUCAGAUUCACGUUCCCAGAGUAGAAGUGGGCACGAUCAGAGGAAUCAUAGAAAGCAUCAUGGGAAGAAAAGAAUGAAGAGCAAAAGAUCCAGAAGCAGGGAGAGUAGCAGACCUAGAGGAAGAAGAGACAAAAAGAGAUCAAGAACAAGAGAUAGCAGUUGGUCAAGAAGAAGCCAGACUCUUUCUCUUAGUAGUGAAAGCACAAGCAGAUCAAGAUCUCGUAGCAGUGAUCGUGGUAAAAGAAGAUCACGGAGCAGAAAUAGAGAUCGCUACUAUUUAAGAAAUAAUUAUGGAAGCAGAUAUAAGUGGGAGUAUACCUAUUACAGUAGAAACAAGGACAGGGAUGGUUAUGAAUCAUCUUACAGAAGGAAGACUCUGUCCAGAGCCCAUUAUUCUAGACAAUCUUCAAGUCCAGAAUUUAGAAUUCAGUCCUUUUCUGAAAGAACAAAUGCUAGGAAAAAGAAUAAUCACAGCGAAAGAAAGUAUUAUUAUUAUGAAAGGCACAGAUCGAGGAGCCUGUCUAGUAAUCGGUCAAGGACUGCCUCGACAGGGCCUGAGCGGGUGAGAAAUGAAAAGCCUGGUGGGAAACGAAAAUAUAAAACACGGCAUUUGGAGGGUACUAAUGAAGUGGCUCAACCAUCUCGUGAAUUUGCUUCUAAAGUAAAGGACAGUCAUUUCCAAAAAUCUUCAUCAAAAUUGGAUGGAAAUUACAAAAAUGAGAGUGACAGCUUUUCAGACAGCCGAUCAUCAGAGAGAGAAACAAAACCCAAGAAAAGAAAGAGGAGAACCCGGAGUUUAAGUGUAGAGAUAGUUUAUGAAGGGAAAGCUACCGAUACAUCUAAACAUCAUAAAAAGAAAAAGAAGAAGCACAAGAAGAAGCAUAAGAAACAUCAUGGAGAUAAUACUUCACGUUCCCCAGUUGUUAUUACCAUUGACAGUGACAGUGAUAAAGAUUCUGAAGUGAAAGCAGAUAUGGAAUGUGACAAUAACUGUCAAGACCCUUUACAAAAUGAGUUUUUGGCUCCUUCCUUGGAACCAUUUGAAACUAAAGACGUAGUCACAAUAGAAGAUGAAUUUGGUGUCCUGGACAAGGAGUGUGAUAUCACCACACUUACCAACAACUUGAAUGAUGCCAAUAAGACUGUGGAUAAUAUUCCACCCCAGCCAACUUCAGUUGGGCAAACUCUUGAUGUAAGAGAAGAGAGCACCUUUGCCUCUGAUUUGGAGAACCAGCCCAGUAGUGUUGUAUCUAUUCAAACUGAGCCAUCAAGGCAAUUGCCAUCUCCACGGACAUCAUUAAUGUCAUUGUCUCUUCAUAGAGACUGAUAUGUCUUAAAACUGCCAAAGCAUCUCAUCGAUGGAAAUAGAAAGGAACAUUGUCAUCUAUUGCAAUCUAUUUAAAGAUGACUUGGUGAAAACUCUUCCCUGUUAAAAUAUUUUAAGUGAUUUUUUUUUUUGUUAAUUUGUAAAAAUCAUUAUUUGUUCAAAAAGUAUGUAUGUCCCACCCUCAGAGAUAUGCACUUUUAAGUAAAGAAAAUGAUAUUGCUAGUGGUUUA